GAAAACCCAAAUAGAAUUGCAUAUUUGUGGAUAAUCUCUCUGCCUCCCUCAUUUUCUCCUGUGUCUCUGCUGCUGCAAACUGCAAAUGUCUACUUCUCUGCUCCGUUCAACUCCUUUGCCACUCACCAACUCCGGCAGGAUGAAUCUUAUAGGUUCAAACACCAAUUUAGGCAUAUUGUCCGUCUCCUUUUAUCACCGUCCCUCUAAAAGUUGCAAUUUUAAGCUUUGCUUUCCCACUAGUGGGUUGUGUUCCCGUCUUAGCACGAGGUGCUGUGUUGUCUCGGCUACCUCAUCCAAAUUGUACGAAAACAAAGGAGUUAAUUCAAGUAUCGAGUCUCAAAGCAGGUAUACAGAUUUAAAGGACAACAUGCCUAGCAGCCUCAAUAUUCUUGAGGAGCAGCUGAGGGACUUAUUUAAUGAAGUCCAUGCCAUGAUAAGAAUAGGGAAGGAAAAUGAGGCCAGAGAUCUGCUUCUAGCAAAUUUUGAAGCUGUCAAAGAACAGAUUGAUGCAGGCCACAAGGGUAUAGAAGAAGCAGCUAUUCUUGAUGUAAUAGCCUUAGGGUACAUGGCCCUUGGAGACAUAAGGACUGUCAAACCCCUGUUGGAUGUGUUGAGCGAGGUUGUUGAUGACUUGAAAGAUGAGGAGCCUCUUCUGGACUCGAUACUCACACAUAUGGGUAAUAUGUAUGAAAAGUUAGAAAAUUUUGAGAUGUCCAUUUGUGUGUAUGGAAGAGCUGUCAAAGUUGUUGAGAGACUAUAUGGAAAUACCAGUUCUUUUAUCGUCACUCCAUUGUUAGGGAUGGCAAAAGUUUUGGGUUCUACUGGAAAGACCAAAAAAGCAAUAGAAACAUAUCAUCGCGUAGUUAAAAUUAUUGAAUCUAGCAGGGGUGAAGAAUGUGAGGAACUGGUAGUGCCUUUAUUUGGCAUGGGCAAUCUUCUUCUGAAGGAAAGGAGAGUGACUGAUGCAGAAAAUGCUUUUAAUAGAAUUUUGACCACGUACAUGAAGUUAUAUGGAGAAAAGGAUGGCAGAGUUGGACUGUCUAUGAGUUAUCUUGCACGUGUGAAAUGUGCAAAAGGAGAUGUGAAUGAAGCCAUUGAUCUGUAUAAAGAGGCUCUUCGCAGGCUGAAGGUUUCUGAUUAUAUAGCCAUAGAUGAUCACAUAAUGGAGAAGAUGAGAGUAGACUUGGCUGAAUUACUUCAUGCAGUUGGAAGAGGUGAAGAAGGCCGUAUGCUACUGGAGGAGUGCUUGUUGAUAACUGAGAAGUUCAAGGGUGAAGGGCAUCCCAGUUCAGUCUCUCAUCUAGUGAAUCUAGCCACUUCUUAUUCACAGUCCAAACUUUUUGCAGAAGCUGAGCGCUUGCUAAGGAUGAGUUUGCAGAUUAUGUUUAAGAAUGUUUCACCUGAUGAUCAAUCCAUUACUUUCCCAAUGCUGCAUCUUGCAGUUACUCUCUACAAUCUAAACCGUAAUGAGGAGGCCGAAAAACACGCAUUAGAGGUUCUGCGAAUCCGGGAGAGGGCAUUUGGAGAAGAUUCUCUACCAGUUGGGGAGGCUCUUGACUGUUUGGUCUCCAUUCAGACCCAGCUGGGAAAGGAUGAUGGUGAAUUGCUGGAGUUGCUCAAGAGGGUACUGAAAAUUCAAGAGAAAGCUUUUGGUACUGACAGUGAGGAAGUCAUGGAAACACUUAAAAAAGUUGUAUAUUACUUGGAGAAGAUGGGGAGGAAACAUGAGGGACUCCCUCUGGAAAGAAGAUUAUCAAAGCUCCGAACUAAAUAUAAGCAAAUGGUUCAAUAUUAAAGAUCCUACAAGGCCGCAUGUUUGACGUGUAAUUGCUUUCAUGCUAUUAACAGUGUCGGAUCAUUGUGGUUGCAAGAUAAACAUGUCCUUCUAUUGGGAGUUUGCAUGCCACAAAAGGAAAAGAGACACUGGACUAUAGCACAAGAUUGGGUUUCUUCCUGCCAUGGUGGACAAGGAAGGCAGCCAAAACUAACAAAUUUACAGGCAUAUGAAAGAUUCUUUUUAGCUGUAUCUAUCCAAGAGUAACGCCAAAUGAAUACUACCAAAAGGUGUGGAAAUGGAUAGGACAUGUCGACCCAAAUGGGACAGUGUCCACUUUCCAACUACUAUCUGAUUUGACUACAAUGUACAAUGUAGUUGAACACUGGAAAAUGAUAGCAAGCCUGAUCAUCUUAUGGCAAUGAAAAAUGUCACUGCUGACUCCUUUCGACUCCCUCUACAUGAGAUAGUGACAUUGAUGUACUUAGUUGAAAUAACAUCGGUGGUGCAUACAGAAUCUUCAAAUUAUAGCUGCAAGGUAAUUAGUCAAUCUGAAGGUUGAAGAAGCACAUGCUCUUUUGGACUUGGAGUGGAAAUUCAGAUGGUGCUCUGUAGAGAAGCUCCAGCUGCAAGCCUGCAACAUAACUGGCUAAUCUGAAGGUUGAAGAAGCAUAUGCUAUAUCUAUCAAUGUGAAUGUUGUAAGAAUAGCAAAAAGACAUCAUUUAACCUACACUUACUAAUUAUUUCUAGUGGCAAAGACAUACAUUUUGCACUACCCAUUGUCCAGAUUCUUGAAAUUCAUUGCAGUUCUUGUAUUUGAGCUAUUCUUAUUUUGGAACUGAAUUAUCUGUGUAAAUCGAUUGUCACAGAAAUAUAGUGAAUCAUAUUUU